AUGAGUAGGAAUCCCUGGAUACACAUCCCUAUUUUACCAGAAUUUCUUAAUGUACGCAGUCAUGGUCCUGAUAAAAUUAUCAAAACCCUGCAACAUAUGGCAAUUCGACGUAUUACUGACAUAAAUCUGUUGGAAGAUGCAUCGGAAACUUUUUUUGAAGCCUCCGACCGUCUUUAUCCCUUGCAACUUUUGAAGGGGCUUAACUCUUUCUAUAAGCUUAGGUAUUCAAAUGAAGCUAUUUUAUCCUCAGUGAUAGGGAGGAUUGAAGAUUUGCUACCGAUAAAUCCUCCUUCUUCAAAGCGAAUACUUGAUUUACUUACCAUUUUUAGUAGACUUAACAUUUGCCACCCAGGGGCCAUAGAACCUUUGAUUGCUAAUUUGGAACUUAAAAUUCAAGACAUAGAAAAUGAAUUGAGUUUCGCCAUCUCUUCGUUAUCACAAUUACUUGUACAUAAUGAAAAGACAAUCAAUUUACUGGCAGCUCAAGCUAUUUUAACCCAAAAUAACCACCAUUUAUAUAGUACAUUUGAAGCAUUCAGUAGACACGGUAUAAAAAAUGAAGAGUUGCAAAAUGCAGUAGUUUCUUUAAUGCGUAAUAACAAAGAUAUUUCCAUUAAAAGUAAAAUUAAAUUACUUUCUGCAUUUAAUCGUAUUGGAUGCACUGAUUUUGACUACUUUAGGGGCGACAUAGAAAAGUGUAUUGGCGAUAACCCAGAUAUGUUAAUACAAAUAUCAUUAUGGUUGAACUACUACCGAUUGUCUAUUAGCAAUUUAAAUGUAAAACUCAAUCUUAUAUCUGAUGAGUCUCUACCAUUUCAGCUAUUAUUAUUGGUUCAGAUAUUAGAUGAAUCACAUAAAACGGAAUUGAUGCAACAGGCACAUAGACUAUCAAAGUUAAUCCACCAUCUCCAUACACCUACAUCUGUCCUACAAUGUCUACAGAUGUGCGUGUUUUCGGAAGUUAAGUGGAGCAAUGGUGGGGUUUUAACUGAAGCUGAUCGCAGUACAUUAAGUGGUAUGUGUAACCAUGCACUGGAAACACUUAACAAUUGGGUAUGGGCUCUAACUAUAUCUGAGCAAAGAAUGCUGUUGGACGUACUAUUAUAUCUAAAAACUUCCAGCACUUUAAAUGUAAAUUUAGAUAGAUUCACUGAAUAUGUUAACGUACCAUCGCUUCUGCCAUUAUUCCCACCUACGCUCAAAUUUGACGAUUUGGAUAUUAUACAAAUAGGAUCCAAAAGUUAUAUGAGUGAAGGAGAUAAAAUCCACUUUUAUCACACUGAACGGGAUCGCUAUGUAGUUGUUGGAAGUAACACUAGCCAGUUAAGUUUGCGACAUUUGGUUACUAUAAGGAACAUUAAUUCAUUGGGCAAUUAUAUAUUAAAGGAGGAAUUCACGUAA